CACACACACACACACACACACACACACACACACACACACACACACACACACACACACACACACACACACACACACACACACACAGGGAACCGAACUUUCACUUUCUAUCCGACAUGCAGAUUCACCUCCGCCUGCUCAAAGAACAUGACAUUAAACAUUCAGAGUAACGCCGGUUAUAACGCCUGUUAUAACCGCAUCCACAGAACAAGCGCAGACGCUGAACCGCGGAUUAUUUCAUUUCUGCUGCUGGCUGUGAUUCUGGGAGCCGAAGUUUUAAUUACAGCCGCGCUGUUGUACAGCUUCACCCGAGAGCUACACACGGCCAAUGAAUCUCUGGACCAUGAUGUUUUCCCGACCGAGUGUCUUCACCGUCAGCCGGCAGCGACACACAUUGCAGGCCUGGCAAGCUGUGACCACAUGAGGCAAGAACUUCUGAACAGCAUGAAUACGAGACUCUCGCUGGACGUCCGAAACUCCUUAUGGCAGAGUUUAGGAGAACACAACAUCACCCAGAGCUUCAAACCAGCGAUACAUGUUGGGGCAAAGCAGGAGCUCCAUCAGUAUCACCGCCUGCAGAGAACAGGUGAUUCUCAGGAUUCCCGGCUUGUGUUCGAGUGUCUAAACUGGGAUGUCCUGAGUGGACAAAGCACUCAGGAGGGUCUGAUGAUCCUCAGUCCUGAUGGAGAAAUCGUCGUGCCUCAGGAUGGGAUUUAUUUUGUCUACUCACAGAUGAAUUUCAUAACCUCACGCUCAAGACCUGAUCUCCAGCUGAACCAAUACUUAUUCAAGAGAACGGCGUCACAUCCGGCGCUGAUGAUGCUUGGCAAAGCUGGAGCGAGUUGGAGUCUCGAUUCCCAAUCCGCUGUGGGUCUGUACUCCAGCCACCAGGGGGCAUUGUUCCAGCUUGAGAAGGGAGACAGGCUCUCAUUGUGUGUCAGCAACAUGGACACUGUUCUCCUUCAACCAGAGGCAACUUACUUUGGGGCAUUUAUAAUAGACUGACAUGGCUUAUGCAGACGAACAUGACAGGACAGGCUACUGACUUCUCUGUUAACUUUGCUGAGAGACGACAAAAAUAACACUACCGAGUCACGUGAAAACCCAACAAAACACUCAUUUGGUCUUUAUUUUGUUAUGAAAGUUUUUGUGUAACAGAUACUUAGCGUUAAUGACACUAACCCGCUAGCAAACUUAUCUGACUAAACGUUAGCUGACCAAAUUGAACGCUAAGCUAGUGGGAACAUUAACCACGUUCGAUUACCAGAGAGAACAACUAGAUAUCGCAUCUGUACGUUUGUAGUUAGUUUGUAGAGUAAAGACGAACUCUUCGCUAAUCUGUCCAACUAGCAAAGCUCUGAUUUGUGUUUACGUCAGUUCAAUAACUCCAUACAGUAUAAUGUAAAUAAUUCUGGGACUAUUUAAAAAAAAAAAAAAAAAAAAAAAACUAUUAAACACCGGGAAAAACAAGCUGAUCAAAAGUAAGCGUCCCACAGAUGAUAUUAAAUGUUUAAGAUUUAAUUUUCAUUUAUGUUUUUAUUCUUUAAAUAAACAAAUAAAUAAACAAACAAAUAAAUAAAUCAAUAAAUCCAA